AUGAUCAAACACUAUCAGCCAGCCAUUCAGAAGGUAGUCCAGUCAUUGACCAAGGCUGAAUUGGACCAGGCAGCCCAUUUGGCAAAAGAGUGGAAUGAGAGAAAGCUGCCACCUGAAGCUCAGGCAGAGGUGGCAACAAGUAAGGGCUGGAAGUAUGCAAAACAGUUUGUGUAUGACAUGUGGAAGCAGUGUGGGAUGAGAGUGGUGAUCAUGUCAGCAUGGAAGGAUAAGGAAGGCAAAGUGAUGGUUGGAGUGAAUGACUUCAAUGAUGAGCUGGGCAAUGGAGAGCUCUAUUCAGAUUGGGAAGACCUCCAUGGAAAGUGGUCAGCCUAUGCAAAGAAGGCAUUUGGGGCCAAUGGUAUGGAGGAUGGCAGCAGAGAGGAUGAGGCCAGUCAAACCACAUUAACAGCAUGGAAAGGAAAAAAGCAGUCUCAAUUCUCCCUGUCCACCAAUGAUGAUGGCAUGCCCAUUCUUCCAAAUCUCUUGGACUUACAGACACUGGAAUUAAAGGACAUCAUGAGGGUGUUUGUAACUGGCCAGUAUUGUCCAUGCCAAUUUCCAUGGUUGAUGAGUUACCAACAUCUAAACACAGGCUUGGCUUGUGGGAAGACAAAUGCCAGGGUACCUUGGGCUGCAAUAGCUGACAACUGGACAUCCUAUGUGUCUUCCAAGUAUCUUCCUCCCAAUAUCCUGUUCAAAGAGCCCACCAGGCUGACAAAUCAUGAACUAAUCAAAACCUUGGAGUUCUGGAAGGAGCAACAGCAGGAGCACCCAGAAGAUGUCUUCCAGUUCCAAAGGUGGAGAUCUCAGGAUGGUUCCCUGGAGGAGCCAGUCACCAAACACCAACACUGGUCAGACAAAGCCAAAGGGAAGAGACCCUGGAUGGAAGUAAAUUCCAUUGAUGGCUCUGACUACAGACAUCACUUGGAGGAGGAACCAGCUGCUCCCACAAAACCUUCCACCAAAUGGCAAUGGAUAGAUGGUAUGUCAGAGCUGGUCAGAUUCUUUACUGGUAACCCUAACAUGACUUUGGAAUUGUGUGCUGAAGAUCAUCCCACUGGAACAUCCAAUGCACAGGAGGACAACAGAUGA